UGCUUGUUUCGUGUCCCAGCCGAGCAAGGGAGAGAGUGAGAUUAGAGCUUGGGAACGCUGAAUCUUCUCCUCCAUAAAACAAGAAGAUAAUAGCUUAUUACUCUGCAAAGCUUGAGGAAUGGAAUCGAAUGGAAGCCGUCAGAGUACAGAGGACACCAAAGCAGCAAUCGAGAAGAGUGAAAGAAGUAUGACGACGAAGCUCUCCUGCUGCAUCCGAAGAAAGGAAGAACAAUUCUUGGAUCGGACACGACAUGUGAGAAGGUUCCUAGAUUUCUUGAAGGCUCAACCGUCCAAAGAUUGGUUCCUCAGAUUCGGCUCUGUCGGCAGAUCAUCUCCUUUCACCUUCGUGAAGAGAAUCGGAAGCCAAAGAGGCGGCUCUUCGCCACCGGACUGUGCUCCUGUUCAUGGCUGCCGACCUCUUCGCGUGCCAUUUGUAAGAAGGAUCAACUGGGAAGGCCUGAUCACGUACUGCAAGAACUGGGUAAAGCACCCCAUGAACAUGGCUCUGCUGGUCUGGCUCUUCUUCGUCGCCGUAGGCCUCUUCGUCCUCUUCCUCUUCAUGACCGGACUCCUGGACCACACCAUACCCAAGAGUUCGCAGAGGAAGCGAUGGACUGAGAUCACCAACCAGAUCGUGAACGCGCUCUUCACCAUCAUGUGCAUCUACCAACACCCCAAGCUGUUCCACCACUUGGUGCUCCUAUGUAGGUGGACAUCGACCGACGUUGCCGAGCUGAGGAAGGUGUACUCCAAGAACGGAGCCCCGCGGCCCAACGAGUGGGCUCACAUGAUGCUCGUGGUGCUCCUCCUCCACACCACCUGCUUCUCUCAGUAUGGCUUGUGCGGACUCUACUGGGGUUACUCGAGCGACAGUCGACCGACAUGGCCGCAGAUCCUCUUCAUCGUCCUUGGAAUCGCAGCGCCAGUUGCCGCCGGCAUCUACGCUGUUUACGGUCCCUUGGGAAAGAAGCAGGAGUCCGAAACCGACGUAGAAUCGCGUCAAAUGGCCGUGGCUGCUGCACCGGACACCGAUCUGCUGAAGACACGCAACAAAAGUGUGGUGAUCACGAAGCCCGAAUGGGUCGGCGGACUCUUCGACUGCUGGGACGACCCCACGGUGGCCUCUCUCUCAGUCUUCUGCACGUUGUGCGUGUUUGGGUGGAACAUGGAGAGGCUCGGAUUCGGCAACAUGUACGUGCACAUCGUCACGUUCCUGCUCCUCUGCGUUGCGCCUCUGCUGGUGUUCAGCGUGACGGCGAUCAACAUCGACGACGAUAUUGCCAGAUACACGACGGGGAUCACCGGCAUCCUGCUCUGCUUCUGCGGACUGCUUUACGGAGGCUUUUGGCGGAUUCAGAUGAGGAAAAGAUUCAAGCUUCCGGCGAAUCCUUUCUGCUGUGGCUAUCCGGCCAUGACGGACUUCAUGCAGUGGCUGUUUUGCUGGUCGUGCUCGUUGGCGCAGGAGGUGCGCACCGGGAACUUGUACGACAUCGAGGAGGACAGCUUCCAUCAGAAAGGAGGAGAAGACGAGAGCUCAAAGGUGCACCCUCUGCCGCGAGAAGGUGGAAUGGGGCCAUUAAUGGAAUCCAGCUCUUUGGCACACAGCCACUCCAACCCACACACAGGCAAAUCAAACAGUAAACCUGAUUCUAAUGGAACAGCAACGAAUUGUGUCAGAAUCAACAUAGAUGAGGCAGCAUGUGGAGGUGAGAAAGACGAUUCCAUGACACCACCACUUCAGCCACUGGUUCAGCUAAGAACACCGUAAGGCAAGAAGAAGAUCAUGAAUGGCCAUGGUCAUGCUCUGUUCCUCUUCAGGUUUCUCAUAGAGAUUCCAAGUCUGUAGAAUUCAUUCAUUGCACUACUGAUGUAGAGAAAACUAUUAUUAGGAAACCAUAAGGUGAUUUCUACAUGCAUUAGAAACAUUGUGAAUAUGUUAUCGGAUGCUUACCUCAGAAAUGUUAUAUU